UUCUUCUGUCCCAACGGCGAAAUGCAUAGCAAGCGUUGCAUAUGCUUUCUGGAAUGCGCUGGGGAGGUGGAAUGGUUUGCCGAAUUCGGCAAUGACAUGUGCAGGGCUUGGCUACCCGCGGCCUUUGAAUUCUCGACGGCGAGACAAGACAGAAACUACACCACCCACAUAAUGACAGCUCCUGCGAUUCAGGCGACAGCGAUACCGCGAUUUCUUCUACCGCAACUAUCAUGGCCCGCCCGGGUGUCACGGCUGGCAGCGCUGGGCGCACUGGAACAGAGUCGGCAUAGAUGCUGUGUAGCUUCCGAGCGUUGCGCUGCCUUUCCGAAGCUAUUGUCACGAACAACGAUCCAGUGGCCAAAGACAUCACCACAGUAUGCAAGCGGCUAUGCAUCUGCUUUCGAGCUACGGCGCAGCUUCAGCGCAACUGCACGGCAAUCCAAGGACCAUCAUUUCGACACGCUCAAGUUUGUGCAGCGAUUGAAGGAAGAGGGGUUCACGGAAGAGCAAGCUGAGGGCAUGAUGAGGGUUCUCAGCGAUGUAAUUGAGGAGAGCAUACAAAACCUCACGCGCACCAUGGUCCUCCGCGAAGACCAGGAGAAAGCCACCUACACGCAGAAAGUCGACUUUGCCAAACUCCGCUCCGAACUCAUGACGGCCGACUCGACUGAAUCGAGUCUAACGCGCGCAUCGCACGAGCGCCUCACAAACGAGCUCGCAAAGCUGAACUCGCGCUUACGGGACGAGAUACAACGGACCCAGGCGUCAGUACGGUUAGACUUGAACCUGGAGAAGGGACGCAUAAGGGAAGAGGCAAACGUGCAGGAACUCAAGCUGAAGGAAACCGAGACGAGGAUUGAGCAGGAGACGGCGCAGCUGCGGGAGAGGCUCGAGGCGGUCAAGUUCUCAACGCUGCAGUGGCUCAUGGGCGUGUGUACGGGUACGGCGGCGUUGAUGUUGGGUGUCUGGCGAUUGUUAAUGUGAGGCACGGUGCGAAUGCUUGUAUGAAGACACGUUGGGUCAGACGCAGACAGCCUCAGAAGCCACAGAGCGAAGGAGGGCACACGGCCAUGUUUCUGCGCCGCACCAUAUAUGUGUUACAGUGUCUGUCAAUGCAGUCUACGGCUGCAACGGAUCAAGGGCUCCGUGCACGACGAGAUGAUGCCGAGACGGAAACGGUUGGUUUUAGAUAAGAUAGUGUGGCGUGCAUAUGCAAGCACGCGGGAACAACGUUGUCCGUGUCGAGCGCUGAAUACAAACGGCUGCCUUGGUAUUCAGGCAAAUUCA